ACUUGAGAUGAAGACAAAAGUAACGAAGAAGCUCAUGUGAGAAGGUUUGACUUUUGAGCUUUGAAGAAUGGCAAGUCAGAUCCUGCUGCCUGUGCUUCUUUUGCUGAUGAUCAGUGGAGUGACUCCUCAGGUUUCAGGCCCCCUCUACCCAAUCUCAGGAACAGAAAGCUCUCGAUCAGAUGAUGGAAGUUCUCCUCCAAUUGGCUUGCAACGGACUUUUAUGUAUUUCGGCCGGUCCUACAAUGUGAUUUAUGUGAAUCACAAUGGACACCUGACCUUUAACAACCCGUGGUACAGCUACACACCUCAGCUGUUUCCAAUUCAUGGAUCAAGAGACAUCAUCGCUCCCUUCUGGACAGAUUUAGACAACAGAGGCAAUGGUCAUAUCUACUAUAACCAGUACACCAGUGGCAGUGUUCUCCAACAAGCUACCGCCGACAUUAAUGGAUACUUCCCAGGGUUGAACUUUAACGCUGCGUGGGUGUUUGUAGCAACAUGGUACGAGGUGGCCUACUAUCCAUUCACUGGAACACAAACAACAGUCCAGGCAGUGUUGAUCUCUGGUGGCCAGUACUCAUUUGUGCUGAUGAACUACGGGACAAUAGCUGCAACAACUCGUCAUGUGCAGGUUGGAUAUGACACAAUCGGUUCUCCUCAUCAUUUAACAGUCCUUGGUUCAUUCUCCAGUAAUGCGACAGGAAACAACUCCGCUUUCAGUCUCGGCAGCAACGUUAAUCUUCCUGGUCGCUGGGCUUUCAGGUUGGACCACGGAUCAACAGGCUGCACUUUCAAUGGUGAAGCUGUGCAGAUUGGUGACACGUUCUGGAGCGACAGCACCUGUUCUCAGAAAUGUACCUGCACUUCCACUGGUCUCCAGUGUCACAACCAGCCCUGCACUUUCUCCCAGAUCUGCCGGCCGACUUCCUUUCAGUACUCCUGCCAGACGGUUCAGAGGCGCACCUGCACCAUAAGUGGCGAUCCACACUACUACACCUUCGACGGGACUGUGUUUCACUUUCAGGGCACCUGCACCUAUGUUCUCUCUGAGCAGUGCAACAUGGGGCAGCCCUACUACAGGAUAGAGGGCAAGAACGAGCACAGAGGCAGCACUCGUGUCUCUUGGACCCGACUGGUCAGAGUGAAUGUGUACAAUGAAACCAUUGAGCUUGUCAAAGGGCGUCGUGGUGAGGCCAAGGUGAAUGGAAACUUUGCUGCCACUCCAUUCUCUCUGAGCAAUGGCACCGUCCAGGUUUAUGAGUCAGGCUUUUCUGUGGUUGUCAGCACCAACUUCGGCUUACAGGUAUCCUAUGACACUAACCACUAUGUCCGGAUCAGUGUGCCCUACACUUACCAGAAUGCAACAUGUGGCCUAUGCGGAAACUUCAACAAUCACCCUCAAGAUGACUUCCGGACCCGUGAUGGUGAGGUUGUGAGCUCAGAUGUGGUCUUUGCCAACAGCUGGAAGGCACAGGACGAUGAACCAGGCUGUGAGGCCCAGUGUGCAGGACAGGACUGUGCUUCAUGCUCUCAGAGUCAAAGAGCUCUGUACAACAGUGGUGCCCAUUGUGGUAUCCUCCAGAGCAGUUCUGGACCUUUCGCUGCAUGUCACCAACAACUUCCUCCACAGACCUUUGUGGAGAGUUGUGUGUUUGAUCAGUGUAUAGGAGGAGGGUACCAGCCCAUUCUGUGUCAAGCCCUGAAUGUGUACGCAAGUCAGUGUCAGCAGAAUGGUAUCCAGCUACCGAGCUGGAGGAGCCCUGGCUUCUGUGAAAUUCCUUGUCCUGCCAACAGCCACUUUGAGUCUUCAGGCACAGGAUGUCCACCAACAUGUGUCAACCCCAAUGCCACCCAAAACUGCCCUCUUCCUAAUCAGGAAAGCUGCGUCUGUGAUUCAGGCUACAUCCUCAGUGGUGGGGUCUGCGUCCCUUACGAUCAGUGCGGCUGCAGCUUCGAGGGUUUCUACUACCGCUCUGGAGAAACUGUAAUCCUUGGCGACAACUGUGAGAGGCGCUGUAGCUGCAGUCAUGGCGUCAUGACUUGCCAAUCCCAUGUCUGCGGCCCACAUGAAACAUGCAGUGUGGAGGAAGGAGAAAGAGGAUGCACACCCAACAGCUAUGCCACCUGCUGGAUACGAGGCCCGGGGUCCUAUCAUACGUUUGAUGGACUCACAUACCAGUAUCCGGGAGCGUGUCGACUCACUCUCUCCAGAGUAAUGGGACCGUCCAGUCACCCACACUUUGUGGUGACAGCAGAGAAAGAGCCCAGAGGUCAGCAGGGUUUUGUCAGAGUGAUAAAGUUUGAGGCGGAGGGAACAGAAGUCUCCAUUGAGAUGUCAAGCAGCAGCAUUGUGAAAGUCAAUGGUCAGCUGACCAGACUUCCGUUCAUCUCUGGCUCCAACAGAAUUCGCAUCUACCACAGCAACAUUCACAGCAUCAUCCUUCAAACCUCCUUUGGUGUAACUGUGCAGACAGUCUGGCCUCACUUUGUUCGCGUCACCGCCCCUGGAGUCUACACCGGUUCACUUGGUGGACUCUGUGGUGAUUACAACGGUCUCCCACACGAUGACUUCAAAACCCCCAAUGGCGUCCUGGUCAACAGCUCUCAGGAGUUUGGGGACAGUUGGCGAGAUGGUUCCUUAGCGGCACAUUGUGUAGAAAACACCAAUCGUAAUCCUCCUCCAACCAGUUACAAUUCUAGUGGGUACUGUGGCAUUAUCAGCUCACCGCAUGGGCCGUUUCAACCGUGUUGGGCCACAGUGGACCCACUGGAGCAGGUGGACGUCUGUGUGGACAUCCUGAGGGGUUCGAGUGAUCCGGCAUCGACUCUAUGCGAGGUCCUAAGAGAUUAUGCCCUAAUGUGUCAACAGAACGGCGUCUCCAUAGGACAGUGGAGGAAUGAAACUGGAUGCGAGCAAACCUGCCCUCUAAACAGCCAUUAUGAACUCUGUGGAAGCUCUUGCCCUUCAGCCUGCCCCAGCCUCUCGUUCCCCUUCUCCUGUGAUGCUCAGUGCCAGGACGGGUGCCAGUGUGAUGAUGGUUUCGUCCUCAAUGGAAACCAGUGUGUCCCACCUACAGAAUGCGGAUGUUCCCAUGAAGGACGCUACCGGCGAGGUGGCGAACAGUUCUGGGACAGUGAACACUGUCAGAGCUUCUGCACCUGUAAUGGCACCACUGGGCUAGUCCACUGUACCCCCAACUCCUGUGGUCCUCAGGAGUCCUGUCGCGUGGUUGAGGGCGAGUUUGGAUGUCACACCAACCCUCACGGCACCUGCUCUGCCUCCGGAGACCCUCACUACUUCACCUUCGAUCGCAGGGCCUAUGACUUCCAGGGAACCUGCCUCUAUGUCCUGGCAACGCUUUGCAACACCACUGGUGGUCUCCAAGAGUUUUCUGUGGAAGCCAAGAAUGAGCCAUGGUUCGGGCUUCCAGUUUCCAUCACCGCUGACGUUUAUGUAAAUGUGUGGGGCUAUCAAGUGCACAUGUCCAGAGGCAGGAUUGGUACAGUGGAGGUAAACGGAAUAACAAAAAACUUGCCAGUUCUUCUGAAUGGAAGUCGUGUGUCUAUCUAUGGAAGUGGAUUUCAAACAUUUGUCAGUGCUGAUUUCGGCCUGAGUGUCAUGUACGAUGGCUCGAGUACAGUGUCUAUUUCUGUACCUUCAGAUUACAGAGAACAAACAUGUGGACUAUGUGGAAACUUUAAUGGCGAUCCCAAUGACGAGUUCCGAACUCCAUCUGGAGCAAUGGUCACCAGUCCACAUGAGUUUGGAACAGCUUGGAAAGUGCCUGGCAACUACACCUGCAGCGAUGGCUGUGGUUCCUCCUGCCCCCAGUGCCCCGAUGAGGGUCCUGCUAGAGCUCAGUGUGAGGUGAUUCAGGCUGCAGACGGCCCGUUCAGCUUCUGCCAUGAGCAGGUGGACCCAGCGCCAUAUUUCAGUGACUGCGUGUUCGAUGUUUGUGUGUCAGGAAAUCAAGGCCAAGAUCUCCUGUGCAGGGCCAUCGAAACGUACAUCAGUGCCUGUCAGUCUGCUAAUGUCCGAAUCUACCCUUGGAGACAGAACACCACUUGCAGAAUCGACUGUCCAGCCAACAGCCACUAUGAGCUGUGUGGUACUGACUGUGGUCAAACCUGUGCCCAUAGCACUGACGCAACCUGUGAGCAGGUUUGCUCCGAGGGAUGUUUCUGUGAUGAAGGCUUCCGCAGGAGUGGAUCCAGUUGUGUCCCUGUGGAAAGCUGUGGCUGCCAGUACGAUGGAUUCUACUACAAUGAUGGAGAGACCUUCUGGACCGACGGCUGCUCCCAGCGCUGUGAAUGCCACGCUCCUAACGACCUGCGAUGCUCUGUUACAUCUUGCACUCCAGCACAAGAGUGCACCAUCAGAAAUGGCCAGCUGGGCUGUUUUGAUGCUAUGUCCACUUGUACCGUGUGGGGAGACCCACACUACGUCACCUUCGAUGGAGCGCUGGCUCAUUUCCAGGGAACGUGCUCCUACACCAUCACCGAGAGCGUGAGCCACGGGACCAAUGAAACCCAGUUUCGGGUAAUCGCCACCAACAAUCACCGUGGCAACAACCGCGUGUCCUUUGUGUCAGCGGUGGAUAUUUACCUCUCAAACCAACCAGAGGACGUGUACAUCAGGAUUGGAUCCAACAAACGAGUAAAGGUGAACGGCAUGGCGGCGUCUCUUCCCAUCGCAGCAGGGACAUUAGCUCAGGUGACGGCGCAGGGAAGCUAUGUAGUGGUUGAUGCCUCUGACUUAAAAAUCCAAUUUGACGGCCGGAGCACCUUGCUGGUCAGAGUGGGUCAAAACCGUGCAAACAGAGUCGUUGGGAUGUGCGGGAACUUGAACGGUGACUCUCAAGAUGAUAAACUCCUGCCCAAUGGCACGCUGGCACAAGAUGAUGACGACUUUGGAGAUGGUUGGAAGGCAUCCACAAGCCAGCCGGGAUGUGGAUCAACCGAUGAGAGAGGUGGUGGUUUGAGUGACUGUACCUUUAUUGAAGAAUACUCAGAACUCUGCAGCGUCAUCACCAACACCAGCGGCCCGUUCAGUGCCUGUCACCUGCACUCUGACCCUCAGCCCUUCUUCAGCUCCUGCGUCUACGACCUCUGCUUGUACACUCCAGCCAACGGCAUGCUGUGUUCCGCCAUCGCUGCCUAUGAGAGAACUUGCUCAGUUUUGGGGUUGGACAUCCCAGAGUGGCGCUCUGCUUUGCAUUGUGCUGAUGCUGACUCAGAUCCCUGUGAACAGCUGAACUGCACCGAGUUCGAGUGGUGUGGCGAGAAGGACGGCGUCUAUGGCUGCUUCUGCGACGAGAACCAUCAUCGGCGCAACAAUGAGAGCUAUGACUCUUCGAUCUCAUGUGUCAGCAGUUCAGGCACCAUGUCUGUGUCUCGCUGCCAGCUGUUCGAAGCCGGCUUCCACUCUAGUGUCCUCCAUCUGCGGGAUGACUCGUGCAACGGGGCGCUCGAUGACGGGCGCCUGGUUUUCCAAUUUGACAAUGAGGACCAGCUCUGUGGGACAACUCUCAGGAGCAAUGGAACCCAUUUCAUAUACGAGAACGCCAUUCUGGGUCAAGUGGAUCCUCACGGGGGCCUCAUCAGCCGUGAGAGGAGCAUCAGUCUGCGUUUCUGCUGUGAAUACCCUCUGACUCAGGCUGUUUCCAUGUCUGUGGGCAUUAACCCCGUUGAAAGCAUUGUGAGGAAGAAGCUUGCUUCCGGCCAGGGAACCUACCACAUCAGAAUGAUCCCGUACCAGGACGCCGGCUUCCGCUUCUCUCUGGCGAGUAGCAGCAACAUCGACGUGGAGGUGGACCAGAGGUUGUACGUGGAGGUGCGGACAGAUGGGGUCGACUCGCAACAGAUCUCCACCGUCCUGGACUCCUGCUGGGCCACGCCGGUCAACAUUGCAGGCUACCCUGUGCGCUGGGAUCUCAUCUCUGCAGAGUGUCCUAACCCAGCAGAUGGGACAGUAGAGCUGAUUCACAACGGCAUCUCCACCACGGCCCGCUUUUCCUUCAAGAUGUUCACCUUCACCAACUUCACCACCAUCUACCUGCACUGUAACGUCCACCUGUGUCUCCUCAGGAACAACGACUGCACGGCUCACUGUUACCCUGGUUACCAUGGGCGGGUCAGGAGGGACGUGACCCCCGAAAACACCGCAGCCAUCUCACUAGGACCCCUGGUUAUGAGUCCACUCAGCAGGAACAGGAGAGAAAUCCAGAUGUCUAGUGCUGCCUCCUGUCAUCUGACAGCGACUCUGACUCUGAUCAUCAGUUUGUUGACCACUAAGACUCUGAUCUAGAAACCAGACAUGGUCCACACACUAACACACACACACACACACACAGACACACACACACACACACACUAACACGAACACACACACACACACACAGUUAAUUAAACAAAAUUAAGGUUAAAAUGAAUCAAUAAUCAAAGGUGUCAAUGAUCUUAACUUUAACAUAAAUCUGUGAACUCUUGCAAUAAUCACAAAUUAAAACUGAAUCAUAAUAAAUAUAACUAGUAAAAUAAUAAAGUUUAUUUUAAGACAUUCUUAGAGUAAAUUCAAAUUUUAAGCUUUUGUUUUACUUGUCUUAAGUUCUAGGUUUUGAGUUUCUAUUAAAUUAAUGUUGCUUCCUGGUUCUACCUCCUUCUUUGUCCUCACCACAAACAUGACAUUCUUAACUUAUUAUUUCUUAUUAACUUAUUGUUAUUUAGUAGAAAGAUGAAAUGAUCCUGGGAUGAUAAACGAGGUGUGGGGUGAACUUUUGUUUUAAGUGUAUCACUGUUUUAUCAUCAAAAUCAACUAAAUAUAUUAUUUACAACAUAUGUCACCUAUAUAUUAAAAGUUAAAAAUUAUACAUCACAUCCAGCUUCACGUUCUUCUGUUCAGAGCUGACUUCCACUCUAGUGUGGACAACAACAUUUUUUUUUUAGAUGUUACAAAAUAAACCAGAAGACAUAUUUUAUCCAACCAGAUCUGCCUGAUUGUUGGUGGAGUUUAUGCAAUCACGAUGAGUUUUCUUUUGGAACAACAGAGGGCAACAUGAGAUCAAAUAGUAGAUAGAUAGAUGCUACAUAAAGUAACUAUAACUAAUUACUUUUUAAAAGUAACGUGCCCAACACUGCUCAUCUCUGUACUCUGCAAAUUUCAAUCUGGCCUCUGAUUCUUCCUACUGAUGAGUGGUUUACAGUAUAUCUUUUGGUAUGGCCUCUAUAUUUCUGCUCUCGGAGUCUUCUUCCAACAGUGGACUGUGAUACAUUCACCCCUGCUCUGUGGAGGUCGUUGGUGAUGUCUGUUUCGGGGUUUCUUCACAGCUCUCACAAUAUUUGUGUCAUCAACUACAGUUGUUUUCCUUGGUCGACCUGUUCGAUGUCCGUUGCUCAGUACACCAGUAGUUUCUUUCUUAUUCAGGACGUUCCAAAUUGUUGUUCUCAUGCCCAAUGUUUGUCCAGUUGCUCUGAUUGGUUUUCCUUCUUUUCUCCCAUAGACAGCUCUCUGGUCUUCAUGUUGGUUUGUCCUCUUUAACAAGAAAUUCAUACUUUAUAGGUUUAAACCCAGGCCAAAAAGUAGACUAGUCAUGCAGAGCAAUUUUUUUAUUAUAAUUUUUUGGGGCUUUUCAGCCUUUAAUGGACAGGAAAGUGGAGAGUGACAGGAAAUGGGGAGGCAGAGAGGGGGGAACGACAUGCAGCGAGGACUGUAGCUCAACACGUGGGGAGGGUGCUCUACCCACUGAGCUAAACACCACCCCCACGCAGAGCUAUUUAAUGUUUGAACAGUCAACACCUGGCCAACAAGAAACACCUGUCAGUCAUAUGUACAAAUAAUUUUGCUCACUUGAAAAAUGGGUGGGUUCAAACAAAGGGUGGUAUGUCCCGAGUUAUUUUUACACAUCAAGAUGUAAAUACCAGGAAAUAAAAGCUGACGUUCUGAA